AUGGCAUUUCACGGAGAACGCUUUGAGAUCGAUCUCGGCUCUGACUCUGAAGAUCAAGCCCCGACACUUGGGAUUCCUGGUGUCAUUGGCGAGAUCCAGGAACGUUCGCCCGCCGCACCGCCCGCACCUCCCACUCUCAAGUCUGCCAAUGGCUUUCCUGCCCAUCGCCGGCGCACUCCCAGACAAUCAACUUUCAAACAGCGACAAACACAAUCGAAAGCUUCGGCAGCAGAUUUACCGAAAUCAACACCGGGUUUACAAGAUGAGAAAGCGGCUAUUGAGGAACAGAAUCGGCAACAGCUGGCGUCCAUGUCAGAUGCAGAGAUCCAAAAAGAACGCGAUGAAUUAAUAUCCACCAUGAACCCUUCCUUACUCGAGCGGUUUCUCCGUCGGGCCCGUAUAGAUGACGAUGAUUCCGCACCCUUGUCCCCAACCGCGGCAGCGAACGACGACAACGGGACGACUCAAGCCCGUGCUUUGGAGCCCGAUCCAGCUCCGGCUCCAGCUCCAGCUCCAUUUGUCUCUCCCGCGCCACAGUCGAAACAAACUGCGAAAGCAAAACCUUCUCCAGAUGAUAUCCCUCCUUCAAAGAUUCCUGAAAACCUGCACCCGGCAGCAGAUUUCCCGCCAUCGGGCUCCGUCCACUUCCCCACACCUCCAUCCCGCGGCACACCCCCAACAUUAGACCCGUCAUCCCCGACCUUCCUAUCAGACCUACAAGCGCACUACUUCCCCAAUCUCUCGCACGAUCCGUCAUCGCUCGCCUGGCUGCAACCACCAUCCUCUGAACCAGACGAACCUGGCGCCCCUCCUUCCUCCGCUUACCACCCUGGCAGCAGCGCUGAAGCCGUUCAUCCCGCAUCUCUACGGUUCUCUUUAGUUGGCACCAUUCUAUCCCCCUCAACAUCCCUUUCUCUACCAACAACACUGGGACUCCAUCAUCACGGUAAAGAUCCUCAUGCCGCCGGGUACACAAUUCCCGAACUCGCUAUGCUCAGCCGCUCCUCGUUCCCCGCGCAACGCUGCAUCGCAUGGCAGGUUCUGGGCCGCAUUUUAUAUCGUCUAGGGAGAGGACAGUUCGGCGAACGUGGGAGUACCUUGGUUGAAGGGCUCUGGUCUGUCAUUGAACGCGAAGGGGUCGUCGCUGGUAUGUUACAGGAGGCGGAUUCGUCGAAUGUUUCGUCUACUCGUACAGACAGGGGAUUUGGAGCCGAGGGAGACGAACCACAAGAGUACUCUGGUGUAAAUAGGAGUGGCGUUGGACGUCACGCCAGCGCUUCGGCUUGGGCUGUGGAAGCCGUUUGGUUAUGGCAAAUGGGCGGUGCUGGCGAUAGGGGAAUCCUGAAGCCCGGUGCUGUUCGAUCGCAAUAA